CGUGACUGAACGCCUGCGCCUGAUUGGCUGAGAGCAGGUCCUUCAGAUGUAGGGUAAAGGUGGCGGACGGGCGAAAGUAGCAGUGAUUACGUUGUCUGCACUCUCUAAAACCAUGCUGAUGAACAAGUUGCUCCGAGCCUCGCUGCGCUCCGGCUUGCGUCUGCAGGGCACCAGUGCAGCGGCCGCUAAAGCCUCGUCUCCUGCUGCAUCUGCUGGAUACUCCUUUGAACUAAGCGAUCAGCAGAAAGAGUUCCAAGAACUCGCCAGAAAAUUUGCCCGAGAAGAAAUAGUCCCAGCAGCAGCAGAAUACGACAGGACGGGAGAGUAUCCUUUCCCUGUGAUUAAGAAGGCAUGGGAGCUUGGUCUGGUCAACGGUCACAUUCCAGAAGAGUAUGGUGGAAUGGGGCUGUCCAUCUUUGACACCUGCCUCAUCACAGAAGAACUGGCUUAUGGUUGCACAGGCAUCCAGACCGCCAUCGAAGCAAACUCACUCGGGCAAAUGCCUGUGAUUCUCGCUGGCACUGACGCACAGAAGAGGAAAUACCUGGGGAGAAUGGUGGAGGAGCCUUUAAUGUGUGCCUACUGUGUGACCGAACCUGGAGCUGGUUCAGAUGUGGCUGGGGUGAAAACUAAAGCUGAGAAAAAGGGAGAUGAGUACGUGGUGAAUGGGCAGAAGAUGUGGAUCACAAAUGGAGGCAAAGCUAACUGGUACUUCCUUUUGGCCCGAACAAACCUAGAUCCCAAAUGUCCCGCGGGCAAAGCUUUCACAGGCUUCAUUGUGGACGCAGACACUCCAGGAAUCCAAGUCGGAAGAAAGGAGAUGAACAUGGGCCAGCGGUGCUCCGACACCCGGGGCAUCGUGUUUGAGGACGUGAGGAUUCCCAAAGAAAACGUCCUGCUCGGAGAAGGUGCCGGCUUCAAGAUUGCGAUGGGCGCUUUCGACAAGACCAGACCACCGGUUGCUGCUGGAGCGACUGGGCUGGCACAGAGAGCUCUGGAGGAGGCCACUAACUAUGCCCUGGAGAGGAAAACCUUUGGCAAAGUCAUCGCUGAGCACCAGGCGGUCUCGUUCAUGCUGGCGGAGAUGGCUAUGAAAGUGGAGCUGGCCCGUAUGGCCUAUCAGCGUUCGGCCUGGGAAGUGGACCAGGGCAGACGGAACACGUACUACGCCUCCAUCGCCAAAGCUUUCGCCGGAGACAUCGCCAACCAGGUGGCCUCCGACGCAGUGCAGGUCUUUGGGGGCAAUGGGUUCAACAGGGACUACCCCGUGGAGAAACUCAUGAGAGACGCCAAGAUCUACCAGAUUUACGAAGGCACAGCUCAGAUCCAGAGAAUGAUCGUGGCUCGUGAACAUCUCGGACGAUACAAGAAAUAACCUGACAAGACAAAUGGUUGCCUCGUUUAUAUUUAUGUACUUUGUUUUACCGUGUUUUUGCGAUCUCUAAAAGCAGGUACACGAAUACAGUUGCCUUAACACACCUUUGUAAUGUUUAAAUUGUACAAAUGAGAAAUAGGAAAAUUAACACACACUCAUGGGAUUGUUAAGCGUGAUGUAACUUCCGGGUCCAUCAGCCAAUAGUUUAACUCUAACUUUAACACAUUCAUAAGCAAGAAUCUGUGUUUAUAAUUGUGUUGGUGAGGUGUAGCAAUAAUUUAUCAUAUCGUAUUACCAGUGUGUACAUUAUUUACGUAUUUUAUAGAGUUUGUGGUUAAGGGGUCUUUUUUUUUUUUACGCUAUUUUCUGAUCCAUUUUAUUGUUUCGUCAUCACAAACAGACGCGGAGUUGUUUUUAUUUUUAAUUCUGACAAGUUUAACACACAAAUCCUGCAUAUUUAGGCUGAGUUCUUCUCUUAAAUGGAAAAUGUGCUGCGCUCCGUUGUGUUUUUAAACUCCAUUCACCUUCACUAGAAUCAUUUUCGAUAUUGGAAUUGCCAGUUUUUACCGAACAAAAGCUAAAAGGUACUCUACUUGUUAACUUGAAUUACCUCUUCACAAGUUGGAACAGAGAAUUUUGAGCCUAAUAAUGCCGUAUUAACCAAACGUGAAUGUAUAAAUGAAACAAAACACAACUCCAGGUAUGUUUUUGAUGAGGAAAUAACAUUCUAACAUGAGCUUUAAUCCGUUUUAGAAUGUUGUUACCUCAAGAGUCAAUGUUGCGUAAUAUAGGACCUUUUUAAACAUACGCUUUUGGAAGGUAAUUGUCCCUUGUUUGGUGAAUAAUGAACAAAAACAAAACUAGAAAUCAGCUGUGAAGUUGCUGGUUUGACCCGGAAGUGACAUAAUCAAACUAUAUCAAUGUAAAGAAGGUUUCAACUGUGUGUUUUUCAUAUUUACUACUUGCAAAAUUCCAUUUACGCCAAUCCUUGUUUUUACAGUGAUAGUGGAAUGAAAAUGUCUCUAGCCUAACAAUACAGAGCUUUAUGAAAUGUGACAGACGAGCAACAAAACGGACCAGUUAUGCAGAGCUGUGAAGUAUCUAAACGAGAUUGUCAAUCGAUCAAUGGCAAGCGCUUGUUCAAAAUCUCACUCGCCUCUGAACAAACUGAAUUGUAAAGUAAGACUGAGUUGCCUCUUCUGUUUUCAGCAUGUGGGGAAAAUAAACAUCUUUAUCUACAAA